AUUUGGGGCUUCUGCGGCGCAUUUAUCAGUCGCAGGUUCCGUGUGAAUCCUUUUAUUCUCAGAUUUUCAACGCGCAGGACGCUCGGUUUGGUGGUGUCUCGAUCUCUCGAAAAGUCCGAAGUUGUGUGGUGCUCACUAUUUUCUGCCAUGAAUUGUAAAGUUUCUCUUCUUCUCCUCGUAGGUUUACUUUGCUAUGUGAAAUCAGCAGAUAGUGUAGAUGAAGCAAUACCAGCAGGAGUUUCAAACAAGGAGGAGCUACACUUAUUGAAAGAUUCAGCAAAUAAAGACAUUGCAACAAGCACAUCUCUUCCUGGAGGGUCUAACGUAGUCAAGCCUGAUGAGAAAGGUGAUUGGGUGCUCAAUUACACAUCUUCUGCAACCUGUAUUCGAUUAGUAGCUGAAAUCAAAAUUAAAGUCGGCUACAUCAGAUCAAAAAAUGAUUCUGGGGACAGUGAAAUAACAAUUCCCAAAAAAGCUAUAGCCAGUGGAGAUUGUUCAACUGGAACGCUCAUUCUAUCAUGGCCAUCCAAUGGAACUGGGCAGAAAAAAAACGAAUCAAUUCAGUUCACAUUUUCUGAUGACAGCGGAUCUCAUAUUUGGAGAAUAGCAAACAUCUCUGGUCUCGUGAAUCUACCGAUUCCAUCAAAGACACAAAAAACACACCAAAAUGUACCAUUGUCUUUCUACAAUAACGUAACAUGCUUUUUCAAUUCGCAUGUGGGAAUGUCCUACAAGUGUUUGAAAUCCAACAGCUAUGACCUAUCAUAUGAUGCAACAAAUCGUAAAGAUCUCAAUUUCACCUCGGCACAUGUGAUCUUUUCCCAGUUGCAAGUUGAGGCAUUCAAACGGAAUGAAACAGAUAAUUUGGCCUUCGGAAGUCCCACUAACUGUGAAGUUACUCCUGAUAUGGUUCCAAUCGCUGUUGGAUGUGCUCUGGCCGGUCUUGUUGUUAUAGUUCUCGUAGCCUAUCUAGUAUCUCAACGGACGGCACCAGCCCAAGGAUACAGAAGUGUUUGAAAAACCGAAAACCUCCAUAAUUCCUAUCCAACUCUUACAUGACACAGCCACUUUGUAUCUUUCAAGAGUGUUAGUUCUCCAAAGGCGCCAAGCUCCAGGAAUUUCUCUUUUUUAUUUUAGUUGUAAUAGUGGUUAUGAGGAACCAAAUAUUUUUUCUCAGGCAGUUCUAAGCCAAGGAAUAGAUAAUUACAAUCAGUAUAAGUUCCUACUCUUACAAGUUUUAAUUUUGUCUAGAAAUGAUUUCGAGCCACCACUUAAAUUCAAAUGCUGCGCGAUAAUGUUUUACAUCCACGUCAAGUUUACUCCAGCAUUGCCACAGUUAACAAAAUUCUUCGAUUUUGGUUUUUAUGGACACUCUCCUUCAGAAGUUUAUUCUGAAAUUCAUUCCAAUGUGAAAGCAGCAAUAUUCUGAUUACUGAACUGUUUUAUCAGCAUUAUUUAAAGAGGAGACAAGCGUCUAUGGUCAAAAUAUUCAAGACUCAUAAAAAAACAAAGGUAGGGGCAUUUCUGGUUUCUCAGCCAUUGACCAGUAAUAUUUUUGGUGGCGCAACCAUGUCUAGAAAUUUUCAGGAAGCCAGGGACGUCCCAAACUGGAACUAAGUACAGAACUAAAGUAUUUCACCCUAUAAAUCAACGCACUCUUUACUAUUGAUAGAUCUUGUUACUCUACAAUAGCUUUCUGUCAGUUUUUUGUAUUUCCUUUUUGAAUUUUACAUAGUCUACUUUUAAUGUCCACGCACAAUAGGUAUUCUUUGUAAAUCAUGUUACCACUAAUCAUUGUCUCCUGCACGGAGAAACUUGUCGUAAUUGUGCUGUUUCAGGUAAUUUUACUGAUGUCUUAUUUUUUUACUGAAAAAUUGUAGCAUGAAUUGGCCUGAAAUUUUCAGUGAUUUUUUUCGAAUACUCGUAAGGAAAGACACCAGAAUUUUCAAACAAAUUAGUAGGAUGGUCCUCGAAUCAAAAAAUUAAAAGUCCGUAGAAAUUCUGGAACGGCACAGGGGCCGUUCUUCCUUCGUUAGACAGACUUUGUAUUGUGGCUAUCUUCAAUAAUUGGACCGAGUUUUGCAGAAUGAAACUAACUUUUUUUCCUUAUUUCUGUAAUUAAAAAUCUACAAUUGGGCCCUCUUCUCAAAUAGGUGAUGUUAUGAACAUGUCAAUGUACAUGGUUCUGCUUUCGUGAACUCGGUCUGCACCUAUCUCCCGUGAGGUUAUUUUCUUGUUGUUUUACACAUUUCUAAUUUUUUCACCUCUGUUAUUUCAUCAUUCUGUAAUAUUAUCACUAUACGUAGAGUUUGAUUUGUGAAUUUGAAUUUAUAUGAGGCAAUUGAAACAUUGCGAAGAAAGUUUAUUGAGUGCUAAUGAGUGAAAGCUGCUAAAUAAGUUACCUACGUGAUUCUUGGAAUUCGAAGUAUUUGUAAUUUUUAAUGUAAAUAUUUGUGUAAUGAAUUUCAAUAUUAUUGAUAGGUUUGUAUCGCUUAUUUUCACUCUGAUGAUGCCAUGUAUACAGGGUGUCUUAAACUGAAUGGCGGAAAUUUCAGGGACUGAUUCUUCAGAUCGUAACAAGACUAUUUUGUUUAAUGUCAUCUUUUCAUUUGAGCCAUUUCAAGGGGAGUUUUAUUUUUAGGGGGCCCUAGCCCUUCCUCAUCUUUUUAGUUUUUACCUUCUUUGUCUGCAGAAAAAUACAGAGUGCUUAAAAAUAUCUUCUGGUCCCAAAUUUCAUGUAACAUUGUCAGUAAAUGCAGCUGUUAUUAUGAGGAUGAAUUUCUUUAUAGAUAUUACCCCUUAAAAUGGCUCAAAAAUACAUGUCAUACAUGUCUAAUUUCAGUCUACAGAAUCGAUCAAUCAAAUUUCCGUCUUCUGAUUUAAAACACUCUGUAAAUUCAAAGUAUGUACCUGCAUUGUUAGUUUGGAGAAAAUUAAGAUUAAGAGGUUUCAUGAUGAGGAGAUUCAAAAAUGUCAUUUUAUUAUUGUUGCCUAGUUAUUAUUAAGAGUUGAGAUAAUUAACUCCUCAUUUUUUAUUUUAAAAGUUUCCUUGAUCAAAGUUUUAAAAAUAAUUUUAAUAUUGUGCCUUCGAUUUUACAUUGAAUGAGCUGUUUGUUUUACCAAAAUAAUUGAGUUGAAUUUUUGUUUCUUUAUCAAUGGUUUCAAUUUGAUAAGUCUGAUUUAUUCAUAGUUAAAUAUCACCAACUAACUACUAACCUAACUAAGUUUUUCAAACCAUUGAGUCAUGAUCACUCCUACACUUUUUAAAUUAGAAUUUUAUUGUGUGAUUUCUCAGUGAAUAAAGUUAGUGUUGUUUGUAAAAA